UCUGGCUCUCUGACAUCUCCACAUAAACCAGCCGGGGGACUUUUUUCCCCUCCUCACUCUGCAGCAGCAAACAAAGAGGAAGAUGGAAAAGUCAUUGUGCACGUUGGCUGCUGUGAUUUUACUGGGAGGAUUUUUAGAUGCGGCGCUGACAGACAACACAACUGAGAUUAUAUCACUCUUCAACAACACAUCUGCUACAGCUGAGUCUGUCACCGUGCAGCCGCAGGAUCUCAGCACAGACAGGACGACUCCAACUGCAGCACAGACACAGACACCCAGCACCACCACUGUCCCACAGCAGGACACCAAAAACACCAGCGAAGAAGAGGAGGAAGAAGAUGAGACAACAACAGGACUGGACUGUCCCCCCCUCGGCCUCGAGUCCCUGCGAGUCGACGACACCCAGAUGCAGGCGUCUUCCUACCAGCGGAUGGGUCUGGGUCCUCACAGGGGGAGGCUGAAUAUCCAGUCUGGCAUCGAGGACGGGGACCUGUACGACGGAGCCUGGUGUGCAGAGUAUGAGGACCAGCACCAGUGGCUGGAGGUGGACGCCCUUCACCUCACCCUGUUCACUGGAGUCAUCCUGCAGGGCCGAAACUCCAUCUGGAGUUGGGACUGGGUCCACACCUACAAAGUGCAGCUGAGUAACGACUCUGUGAGCUGGAAAACCUGCAUGAACGGCUCAGAAGAAGCAAUCUUUGAAGGGAACCAGGGUCCAGAGACUCCCGUGCUCGCACUCCUUCCUGUUCCCACCGUCGCCCGUUUCAUCCGCAUCAACCCUCAGACCUGGUACUCCAACGGCACCAUCUGCCUCAGGGCCGAGAUACUUGGCUGCCGUGUCCAUGAUCCGUACGACAUCUACGCCUCAGAGAGAGAACUUGGAUCCAAAGACGCUCUGGACUUCAGACAACACAACUACAAAGAGAUGAGGAAGCUCAUGAAGUCUGUGACGGAGGAGUGUCCCGACAUCACCCGUAUCUACACCAUUGGGAAGAGCUACAUGGGCCUCAAACUGUACGUCAUGGAGAUCUCAGAUAACCCCAGCAAACAUGAACUAGGUGAGCCAGAGUUUCGCUACGUGGCCGGGAUGCAUGGGAACGAGGCUCUUGGCCGAGAGCUCGUCCUCAACCUCAUGCAGUACUUGUGCAAAGAAUACAAGAAAGGAAACCAACGCGUCGUUCGGCUGGUGACUGAGACUCGAAUCCACCUCCUGCCCUCCAUGAACCCCGAUGGAUACGAAGCAGCUUAUGAGAAGGGCUCUGAACUGGCCGGCUGGGCUGAUGGAAGAUACAGCUACGAAGGAAUCGACCUGAAUCACAACUUUCCCGACCUGAACAACAUCAUGUGGGACGCCCAGGAGACGGCAACAGAUAAAUCUAAAGUCACCAACCACUACAUCCCCAUCCCAGAGUACUACACUAAAGAAGACGCCAUGGUUGCCCCAGAGACUCGUGCUGUCAUCAGCUGGAUGCAGGAUAUCCCCUUUGUGCUCAGUGCAAACCUCCACGGGGGAGAACUGGUGGUCACGUACCCCUUUGACUGCACCCGCGACUGGGCCCCUCAGGAGGACACACCCACGGCGGACAACGCUUUCUUCCGUUGGCUGGCCAGCGUCUACGCCUCGACUAACCUGGUGAUGUCCAACCCCGACCGCCGUAUCUGCCACUACGAGGAUUUCCAGCCUUACAAUAACAUCAUCAACGGUGGAGCCUGGCACACCGUCCCCGGCAGUAUGAAUGACUUCAGUUACAUGCACACCAACUGUUUCGAGGUGACGGUGGAGUUGUCCUGUGAUAAGUUCCCUCAUGUCAGCGAGCUUCCUAUUGAGUGGGAGAACAACAAGGAGUCUCUGCUGGUUUACAUGGAGCAGGUUCACAGAGGCAUUAAGGGCGUGGUCAGAGACAAACUGACCAAACAAGGUAUCGCAGACGCUAUAAUCAAGGUGGAGGACCACGACCACGACAUCCGAUCAGCGGCUGACGGGGACUACUGGCGUCUCCUGAACCCGGGCGAGUACCAGGUGGUGGUCUGGGCGGAGGGUUACUUCCCGUCCAUGCGCCGGUGCCACGUUGGGAUGGAGCCACGUCCCACCAUCUGUGACUUCACCCUGACCAAGACGCCCAUCCAGAGGCUGAAGGAGAUCCGGGCUCAAGGAGGGAAGAUCCCUCAGGACCUUCAGCUGCGUCUCCGUGCUCUGAGGCUCCGCAAGCUUCGCGCCACCACCAAGGUCAUCAACCAGCGCCGGGAGAGUCAGCGGCUGCUGCAGGCGAGGAAAGCCCGGUCAUCCAGAGCCCGGAGAGCGUGAGAGGGGACGGGACUGAAGGAGACUCAAAGAUGAGCUGGAUGACAGGUUCAAGGAGUUCAGAAGUUGUCCUCGGGGAACAGCGAUGUGUUCCCACCACAGAGGACACCAUUAAAGGGUCAGUUCACUAAAUUUAGAAAACUUGUCUGCAGAGCCUCGUUAAUAAAGACAUGCAGACAGUUUUUAUGUGAAGAAAUAUCUUCCUCUGAGAUUUGUAUGACUCAACUUAAAUAUCAAAUAAAAGAAUUAGACAUUUUUGGAUGCACUGACCCUUUAAGGCAGAUUAAACCAUGACAGUCACACAGACUCACACCUCGACAGGAAACUUUAAAAACAGGGUUUUUAUACACAAACUGAAUCACUUCUAAAAAGGUACAGAAACAAGUUGUUGGACUUUUUGAAAGGGAAUGGACAUCUACAGAUUUACAGGAAGGCUUCAUGAAACGACACAAAUUCACUUCACUUCAGUAGUUUUCUUUUCUCCACGAUAGCCAAUGAUGCUGUAGUGUUUGUUGCUUCUCUGUUACAUGACUGAGUUGAGGAUUUAAUUAAGAGUCAGCUGGUCUGAUAUGUGACAUAUUUUUUUUCUAACAAUGUGACUAUUUGUGUUUGACUCAUGUCCAGCAGGA